UCCGAUGACAUCACUGGGAGGUCAGCGGUCCGUCGCGGGCUGCUGUGAAUGUUAACGACGGGCAAUGUGGAGGCAGGAUGUAAAUCAGAGCGACGAUGUGUUCGACGAGGAGGCGGACGAAUUGCGGCCGUCCCGGAACGAGUGGAAUAUCUGUAUGGGGCAACGGCUCAAGGAAGGCUAUAGGGAUGGGGUAAAUGCUGGCCGAGAAUCCACCUUACAGCGUGGCUUCAAUCAAGGUUACCAAGAGGGUGUGAAGAAGAUGUUGGUUCUGAGCCAAAUAAAAGGGCUUCUGAGUGCCUUGCUAUCAUGGUUUCAACUGAAUGGAAGUGAUCCUAAUCUCCUAACCAAAGUAAACCAACUGCUUGGUGUUGCUACCCAGCAAGAGGAACUUAUUUUUAAAAAUCUGUGUGUAUCACCCAAAGAAACCAGUGUUACUGAUGUAAUGGAAUGCAUUGAAGACAUGAGUUUGGACACUCUGCCAGAGAAGCAACCAGAUGUGAACAGCUAUACUGAUGCUGCAAGUGAAAUCUGGGACUCUGGCAGUGAGACUGGAAAUCCUGACUCUGGAAUCAACAGUACCACUUUGUCACAUCUGAGAAGCUGUAGGACUGCACCAGGAAUUGAAUCAGAAAUGGUUAAGCAGCUCUGUCAAGACUGUGCUCUCUUGUUGAAAGACUGUGAGCUACCAUCAGAAAUAGCACUACAUUUCCAGCUGCAGCCUUGACCCUUUUCAAAAAAGAAUGUGUACUCAAUAUUUUCCAGCAACUUUUUGGGGCACUUAUAACCUGGUUUGAUGUAACCUGGUCAAUGUUUGCUAUCUCUAGAGAAAAUUUUAAAUAAAACCUAAUAAAUUAUACAGAUGAUUGUACCCAA